UUGAAGGCGGCAAGAUCAGAUAUAUUGAAGAACAUGCUAGACUCAGAUGGAUGCAAAGCUCCACCAAAUGACACCAUAACUCUCCCUGAACUCAACUACGAAGAAUUAGAAUCACUCCUAGAAUUCCUCUACAGCGGAACCUUACCUAAAGAGAAAGUAGAUAAACAUGUCUACUCACUCUCAGUAGCAGCUGACAAGUAUGACAUACCAUUCCUGCAAAAAUUCUGUGAGCACCGAAUGCUCGGAUCGUUGGACUCUUCGAACGCACUCGAUAUUUUAGAGAUCUCAGAUGUUUGUUCUAACCAUAGUUUGAAAGAGACUGCAUUGAACUUCAUUGUGAAGAACAUGGAGGAUGUGGUUUUCUCAGCUAGGUUUGAUGCUUUUGCACUCAAGAAUCCACAUUUGACCGUACAUAUUACAAGAGCUUCUUUUAUGGAUAUUAAAAAUAGGGUUUGA